AUGGCGAUAGCAGCAAAAGGUACAAAUGGAGUAUGUUUGAUGAGAAAUGCAUGGAAAGGGGAUCAACAUCCAUCCAUCAUCAAUUUUAUCACCACUUUCCUCUGUGCAAAUUGUUUUCGCCUUAAUAUUGUCCCAAUCGCCCCAGACUUUAUUUUCAACUGUGGGGGUUUGUCUGUAGCUUUCAUUUUCGUGACAAACUGGGACUGCAACAAUGUCUCUCCAAUCUUCGACAGAGUUCAGAAACUGAAGACGCAAUUUGCACGUUUUUAUGUUGUCAUCACUCUCCCAGCAAAAGAGCAAAUGGAUUCAUUUAUUCAGUCGUACUUCAAAUUUGGGAUGGUGAUUGGCAAGCCGACAUUUGUGCCAGUUCAGGACUUAGAGAUGGGGUUUGAAAAGAUGGUAAAAAUAGCUCAUUCUUCUGGAGUAUACAAGGAGGAGAGAAUCGGAGAAAAAUUGAAAGCUGAGAGGAAGCAGUUGGUGCAAGGAAUGAACUUUUACCUUAAAGUGGUUACAUCCAUCCCAGGCAUCGACAAUCACGACGCAAAUGCGCUUAGUCAAGCUAUUGGUUCUGUCCAAGCAAUUGCCAAGGUAUCAAAAGAGCAAAUUCUGGAGAACACUGAUCUUUCUACUGACAAGGCAGAGAUGGUUUCAAGGUUUCUCAGGGACCCAAAGUUUUACUUGCGUCCCAAGAUCAACUGA